CCGGCACCGCCGCCCAGCCCGCACCGGCCCGCUCCUCCUCCUUCUCCUCCUCGCCGGGGCAGCGCUGGGCUUCGCUCCUUUGUGCUUCGCCGCCCUCCCCGAUUUCUUUAAUUGCUCUCACUGGGGCGCCGCUGCCGCCUUCUUCCCGGAGGCGGUGGGGGUCUGCGAUUUGGCCGGUGCCCUCCGCAAAGCUGCAGCCACCGCUAAAGCAUUGGAUCCCUCAACGUACUGCGAGAGCCCGGUGUACAGCCCGGACCUGUGCCCCAACAUGAUCGCCGCGCAGGCCAAGCUGGUCUACCAGCUCAACAAAUACUACACGGAGCGCUGCCAGGCGCGCAAGGCGGCCAUCGCCAAGACCAUCCGGGAGGUGUGCAAGGUCGUGUCGGACGUGCUGAAGGAGGUGGAGGUGCAGGAGCCGCGCUUCAUCAGCUCCCUAAGCGAGAUCGACGCCCGCUACGAGGGGCUGGAGGUGAUCUCGCCCACCGAGUUCGAGGUGGUGCUCUACCUCAACCAGAUGGGCGUCUUCAACUUCGUGGACGACGGCUCCCUGCCGGGCUGCGCCGUGCUCAAGCUGAGCGACGGCCGCAAGCGCAGCAUGUCCCUCUGGGUGGAGUUCAUCACCGCCUCGGGCUACCUGUCCGCCCGCAAGAUCCGCUCCCGCUUCCAGACGCUGGUGGCCCAGGCCGUGGACAAGUGCAGCUACCGGGACGUGGUGAAGAUGAUCGCGGACACGAGCGAGGUGAAGCUCCGCAUCCGGGAGCGGUACGUGGUGCAGAUCACGCCCGCCUUCAAGUGCACCGGGAUCUGGCCGCGCAGCGCGGCGCAGUGGCCCAUGCCCCACAUCCCCUGGCCCGGCCCAAACCGGGUGGCGGAGGUGAAGGCGGAGGGCUUCAACCUGCUCUCCAAGGAGUGCUACUCGCUGACGGGCAAGCAGAGCUCGGCCGAGAGCGACGCGUGGGUGCUGCAGUUCGGCGAGGCCGAGAACCGGCUGCUGAUGGGCGGCUGCCGGAACAAGUGCCUGUCGGUGCUGAAGACGCUGCGCGACCGGCACCUGGAGCUGCCCGGGCAGCCCCUCAACAACUACCACAUGAAGACGCUGCUGCUGUACGAGUGCGAGAAGCACCCGCGGGAGACCGACUGGGACGAGGCGUGCCUGGGCGACCGGCUGAACGGCAUCCUGCUGCAGCUCAUCUCCUGCCUGCAGUGCCGGCGCUGCCCCCACUACUUCCUGCCCAACCUAGACCUCUUUCAGGGCAAACCCCACUCGGCCCUGGAAAGCGCUGCCAAACAGACCUGGAGGCUAGCCAGAGAAAUCCUCACCAAUCCCAAAAGCCUCGACAAGCUAUAGGGUUAACACCCCCGCGCACAAAAACUCGCCCUCCGUAAACAACAACAGCGCCUAAAAAACUUUUUAUUUAACGCGAACGACGACGGAAAGAGGCGGCGAAAGACAGGCGCCCCCGCCACCCCCCACCCACCUGCAGCUCGGCCUUUAAAAACUUGCCGACUUGUUUUCCCGGCAUAAACUCUCACCGCCUUGCACGGAAGAAGGGAAGAGCCUCUCUCCUCCUGUCCUCCAAUGUGAAUUUUUAAAAGGUCACAAAAAGAAGCGAUCGGACUUUUGCAACUUCCAAACGAAACCCGAAAGGUACAUUUUCCAAUCCAUGUAUAGUCCUUUUCUUAUGCUCUCUUGUUUGCCUGAAUGUUGUCACCAAGUGAAAAAUUAUUUAACUAUAUGUACAAAUCUCCCUUUAAAAAAGUUUUACUGAUGUUAAAUGUAUUUCGGUGCCAAGGUCAGAUUAUGUGCCCCACAACUGACUUGUUGCAAAUAGUAAUAAAAAUAUUACUUUAACUUUA